AUGGCUGCUUCGGGAAUCAGCAUCUCCAUUGACAGCGGUAGCACCUUCACUGAUAUCUAUGCAUCGAUUCCUGGUAAAUCACAAGAUAUCACUUUGAAGCUGCCUUCCGUCGACCCGCAAAAGUACCAUGACGCACCGACAGAGGGUAUUCGUCGUGUACUCGAGAUUGCUAGCGGGAGCCAGAUACCAUGCGGACGGCCACUCAACUUAAGUGAAGUGAAGAGUAUCCGCAUGGGGACAACAGUGGCUGCAAAUGCUCUGUCAGAAGGAAAGGGCGAACGAUCUGCUUUGGUGAUCACAAAGGGGUUUCGUGAUCUUCUCUUGCUUGGUGACCAAGCACCGCUUGACCUCUUUGGCUUCACCGUUCCGAAGCCAAUGGCGUUGUACGAGAAGGUUCUUGAGGUGGACGAGCGAGUCAUUCUGGAACCCUCUCCAGACGAUCCAGGAGGCCAAGCGGCCAAUGUUGAUCCGGAUAAAGUACUCGACACAGGCGUCUCGCAGCAAGUUAUACGGAUCGUGCGGGAACCGUAUUGGGGUAUUGUCGAGCAACAUUUUGUGGAAAUGCAUGACCGUGGCAUCCGAAGUGUAAGCAUCUGCCUCAUGCACAGUUCAGUCUAUCCAAACCAUGAGUUUAGACUGGCAGAUCUGGCCCGGAAGGCUGGUCUUAAUGUGACAGUCAGUUCCCUUCUGAAUCCAAAGAUUGGAAUGGUAGCACGCGCCGAAUCAGCUACCUUGCACGCAUACAUAACACCGGUCAUACGAAAACAUGUCGAGCAUUUCAGAAACUUGUUUGUUGGUCAGAUGAGGGAUCCCACUCUUCCUCCGUGCGAGUUUAUGCAGAAUGAUGGAACAAUGGCUCAUAUACACGAUAUUGUGGGGAGCAAGGGUAUUCUGUCCAGUUCGGUGGGCGGCCUGCUAGGGUAUGCUUCGACCUGUUAUGAUCGAUCAUCCGGCAAGCCGCUCAUUGGCUUUGAUAUGGGCGGUACAUCAACGAAAAUAUCGCGGUUUGCGGGCGAAUACGAACGUGUAACGACAACACUAGCCGGUAAUACCGUCGAGUUGCCUCAGCUAAACAUCAAUACUAUUGCAACUGGCGGAAGCUCUCAGUUAUACUGGUCGAAGGGGUCAGCGGAAGUAGGGCCAGAUAGUGUCGGUGCACAUCCUGGCCCAGCUUGCUAUCAGAAAGGGGGACCCCUAACAGUCACUGAUGCGAACCUGCUCUUGGGCCGCUUGGUACCAGAAUGUUUCCCCAAGGUCUGUGGACCAAAUGGGGACAAAACCCUUGAUAUAGAAGUGACCAGAAGGAUGUUCAACGACCUAUGUUCAGAUAUUAACAAUGGUGCUAAUUCAGAUGCAACUAAGUUGACCCCAGAACAAGCGGCACUCAAUUUCUUGCGGAUCGCAGAAAAGAAUAUGUGCCGCGCUAUUCUCAGGCAGACAGAAACACGAGGUUACGAGGCUAGUGGCCAUGACCUCGUUGCAUUUGGUGGUGCUGCAGGCCAGCAUGCUUGCUUCAUUGCAUCUUCGCUGGGCAUCAAUCGGGUCAUCCUGCAUCAUCACAGCUCUAUGCUAUCCGCGUAUGGUAUGGCCUUCGGGAGUCUGGUCUCAGAUCUCGAAGAGCCACUUGAAUGCGUCUUUCGCAGAGAUACCAUCCCUCGGAUCCGGGAGAUUGAGGCCUCCUUGCGAGUUAGGGCGGAAUCAGAGCUUCGCGAACGAGGGAUUGGGGAUGCAGACGAUAUCCAGUUCAAGGUCGAGAUCCUUAUGCACUAUGAAGGUUCCGAUACCAUCAUUGCGAUCUCGAAACCGGAAAACGAAUUGGAGCUCACAGUGAAAUUUGCAGACGUACAUAAGAAGAAGUAUGGCUUCAUAGCAGCACGGCCGGUGGUUGCCUGCACCGUUCGAUUGCGUGCAGUCGGGCUCAAGAAACCCCCCAGUGAUCUAUCUCCAGCUCAGCAGUUUGCGUGUCUGGGGGAGUUCCGGGCUCCAUCACGCGAAGCUAGGGUGAUGACUAAAGACGUUUAUUUCGGGGAGCGCGGUUGGCAGCGUACUCCAGUAUAUCGGCUUGAAAGCUUAAGAACAGCCGACCGGAUCGAAGGACCGGCCUUGAUCGUCGACAAUACCCAAACCAUUCUCGUGACCCCGAACGCGCAAGCAACAAUUCUGAGGAGCCAUGUGGUGAUCGACAUAGCUUCGCCAACGGCACAUGCAGUCGUUCAAAAGAUCGCUAUUGACCCUCUUCAGUUUGCAAUAUUCGAUUAUCGGUUUUCAUCCAUGAUGAAGAAGAUGAAACGAACGCUGCGGAGGACAGAAAUGAGCAGCGAGAUGAAGAAACACUUGAAGUUCUCGUGCGGCAUCUUCUCCGCAAAUAGCAGACUGAUAGCCUGUGCCCCCUUUGGUCCAUCGCACAUUAGCACCAUGAAAUGUGCCGUACAGUCCAACCGUGGAAAUUGGAAGCACAAGCUACAAGACGGAGAUAUUCUUGUGUUCAGACAACCCAUGGUCACCCCUGUAUUCCAUGGCGGCGUCAUCGUAUUUUACUGCACCUCCAGUGGCAUAUUCACUGAUUCGUCAGCUUUGAUCUCGAAGGAGCCUUGGCAAGAGGAUGGAGAGAUCAUACCAGCUGAAGUAGUGCGGGACGGCGCCAUGGACGAAGAGAGUAUUGAGAAGUAUAUCCUGUCAGAUCGCAAACAGCAUUCUGACUGCAGUGAUUCGAGCUAUCUGGCCGACAAUCUUGCCAACCUCCGUGUCUUGGUUGAUGCAAACCAGCAAGUUAGGGAACGUCUAAUGAAGCUCUUGGAGGGGCAAGAGAUGAAAGUAGUAUCGGCAUAUGUCAGAGCUAUGGAAAGAAGGCCCGAGACCGCGGUUCGCCAGCUAUUGAGAAUUGUUCAUGAUAAGCGUGGCGGUAGGCCGUUAGUCGCGACCGAUUUGAUGAGUGAUGGUAGCCCCAUUUGUCUGAAAAUCACAAUUGAUUAUGACAAGGGAGAAGCCGACUUUGAUUUCACAGGCACUGCCAGGACUAAUUUUCCUGCGCAUGUGGCCCAAGCUGCCAUAAUGUACCUGUUGCAUCAUUGGAUCAAGGGAGAAAUCCGGUUCAGCCAGGGUUUACUCAACCCGAUUAACAUCAUUCUUCCAUCGCAAGCUGGAUCAACGCCAAACCCCCAGUCAGAUAAUACCAUCAGCAACAGACGGGUCGCCUCGCAUCAUGUCCUCGAGUUGAUGUUGCAGUGCUUUGACAUCUAUUCCAGUGGACGUCUUCAUAACCUGAUGUUCAGCGUUAGGGGCCAGAUCACUCCCGAUGGGACGUACAUACCAGGCUUUAUGCAUCAAGAAACAAUUGUGGGGGGCUCCUGCGCUGGUCCUGACUGGCAUGGGAAGAACGCUAUGGAAGUAGGCACAACGAAGACACGAAUCAUUGAUGCCGAGCUAUUGGAAAGACAGUACCCUUGCCUGGUGUGGGAGUUCAGUGUCCGGCAUGGCAGUGGUGGACGGGGUCAAUUCUAUGGUGGUGAUGGGUGCAACAGAGUGAUUGAGUUCCUAAAGCCAGUCAGCUUGACGGUCAUGUCAGAGUGUCAACCCCCAAGCUCGGAUGGUUUCCACGGGGGCUGUCACGGCGAGGCCGGCGUCAAUCUGUUGAUUAAGAAGGUCACUUCCGACCGAGAGCCAAACCAGGUUGUCAAUCUUGGUCCGAAAAGCACAACUAACGUAUGCAAAGGUGACACUCUGAUCAUCCAGACAUCUGGCGGUAGUGGGUGGGGGGAACCAACUGCUAGCGAUGCGAGUGUGUACAGAAGGCGGAGUCAAUACGUUCUCUCUCCCAGGCCAUCUACCGCCUUGGUGACCGCAAAUUCUCCCCAGCGAAACUUCGAUGUGUCCACCACGAUGGACCAUCCAUCCCUUUCCUCCGAAGUUGAUACAACAAUACACUCUACAGCCUCGAGUCUCCUUCAUCCCUCACUUACUUCUGUCGCUGAAGAUGCGUCGACGCUGGCUGCCCACCAGGACCCGCAACUAGUUCCAACCCAUCGACAAGGCCAAGUUAGCAUUGACGAGGACUCGCUCCAUGGUCUACAAUGUGCCGUCGAAGAGCUCGACUACUCUCGACAAACUCAUCAGUCUCAAAAUCAACACCAUCAUCAACAUACGCAUCUUCAAUCUCUCGUAAAAAGACCUGACCAGCAUAUCGACAUCCGCACGAUUCUCGAUCCGCCGGAUCUCGACGCAUGGCGAGAACGGCUUUUCAAUGUCGACGAGAUGAUAGUCCUAAGUGAGGAGCAAUUCCUAACAUAUUUCCCACACAUUGACAACGUCUACUCCCACCGCUCAACUCAACACUACAAACGCAAACCACUAAUUUCCCAUUACUGGGACUGUCGCCUGAAAGGUCGACCUCCCGGAACACCGAAAUCCAACGAUCCCAACAAAAAGAAACGUAAACGAACUGCCCGUCAGCGGGAUCUCUGUGAUGUGAAGAUCAAGAUCACAGAAUACUUCCCGGGCCACGAUGUUAUGGGAUCAGAUCUUGGAGUCCUUGAUGGGCUUGGGGUUCCUAGCCCAGUACUCCAGGAGUCUGCUGUCAGGGAGCAACAACAAACUCAAAACCAGCAGUUUGGUCUAUUAACGCCAAGCUUGAAUCCACCUCUACCAGAGGGUCAUCCAGGGGUCAACGGGCAGCGGUUCUUUACUAUCCAGCGAGUAAAUGGGAACGGGGCGAACGGGAAGAACGAUGGUGUGAGUGGGGGCCAUCGUCAUACGCUGGAGGACAGUGAUCGCGUGAAGAAGAAUAGUGUGCAGCGGUUCUUAUUGCAGGAGGUGAAAGAGAAGAAGAGGUCGCUGAAUUGCCUAUCGCCGACUAUCUUCCCCGCUCGUCAACUGCACCUUCACUUCCCGUCCACCAUGCUCCGAAGAUCCAUUCUGUUGUUGAAACCAUUGCCAUUUGGCAAUUUAUCCAGGCGUGUGUCCUCUGCUGUUAGGACACGAUUGAUUGCUCUUCCUUCUAAUCACCACCGCACACAGACUAGAGUAAUGGCUACUCAGAACCAGAUCCAAAAACAAUACCAUACCAAAGCCACCGGCCUGGCUGCCCAGACAGUCGCGCACCGCUCACAAGACAAUGAACUGAAAUUGUAUGGAAGUUGCUUUUGCCCUUUUGUGCAGCGCGUCUGGGUUGCCCUGGAGAUCAAGGGCAUCCCCUAUCAAUAUAUUGAGGUUGACCCUUAUAAGAAGCCCCAGUCAUUGCUGGACGUGAACCCCAGGGGUCUUGUCCCAGCCUUGCGGCACGGGGAUUGGGGCUCAUAUGAGAGUUCCGUAUUGCUGGAAUACUUGGAGGAUCUGAAUGUCGGCACACCGUUGCUUCCGCCCGGAGACGCCAAGCUGAGGGCGCAUUGCCGACUGUGGACGGAUUUUAUCAACCGCCACAUCGUCCCAAAUUUCUACCGUGUCCUUCAAGAGCAAGACACACAUAAGCAAAUAACCAACGCGCAGGAGCUCCGAGAUGCAUUCAACACAUUGGUUGGCGCCGCAGAUGCGCAGGGCCCGUUCUUUCUGGGCGCUCAAAUCUCGUUCGUUGAUGUCCAGGUCGCCCCUUGGAUCAUCCGCUUGCGCCGUGCCUUGAAGCCUUAUCGCGGGUGGCCAGACCCGGAGCCUGGCAGUCGCUGGGGAGCCUGGGUCGACGCUAUUGAGAACAAUGAGCACAUCCAGGCAACCACGAGCACCGAUGAGCUCUAUCUGGAUAGUUAUGAGCGAUACGCUCAAAACCGCCCCAACACGUCCCAGGUUGCCAAUGCGAUCAACUCCGGAAGGGGUCUUCCCUAG